AAUGCCUUCUCACCGGAUAUAUAAAGCUCAUUGCGAAAGGUGGUGCAAGCAAAUUCCACCCAUCUCCUUUUCUGAGAAUCAUCCUCCAUUUCGGUGCCAGGUAGCCUAGCAACCUCCAGUCUGCUGCGUCUGAGCGGGUCCAAACAAGUGACGGUGGAAAUGAAGCGGUCGUCCUUGGUGCAGCCUCCGAUGAUGAGGAACACCUCUGAGAGGAAAUGAUACUGACCUCCCUUCCAGAAAGGUGAAAUGAACGGGCCUCUUGCAGUAAAGGAAAGGUGUCACUGCAGCUGCGGAUCAGUUCAUCGGACUCCACUUUUUCCACAAAGUAUGCCGGUUCUAACAGCGGCAGCCGCACGUACGACAGCAAACGGGAUGGUCUCUAACGACUCCGUCGACACUUCUGGGAAGUCCUGCUGCUGGACCGUCUGGGAAAAGUGGAAAACGAGGUAGUCCUGAGCCUUGACUUUCAGAGCAGGCAGGGCAUGGCGUUCAGCAAUGUUGAGGAUCCCGAUGCAAGUCUCCGGUUGAAGGGAUCUGCUCAGGAGAAGCCGAGGUCCUGACUAAGGUCCAGGACGGUCCUCUUUAUCGAAUGGCGGGCUCCCGUCUCUCCAUUUCUUGCAACGUGAGCGGCUUCAUCGAUGACAGCUUUCAAAAGGACUUUCAGUUCCGUGUGACCAAGCCAAUCAUGGCCAAAGAGCUGAACAUCAUCAGUACCAGCGACCCACAAUUUGGCUACACCGUGUACCGAAACAGAGGUAACGACAUCACCUUGUCGCAUGUUACACCCAACUCUGUUCUCUUUGAGAUACAAAGUCUUCGGAAAGACGACGAAGGGAAGUACAACUGUUUUGUGGUCAACCCGUACUCAGUUUACGAAGGAACCUACGAUGCAACGACCGAUGUGAAAGUGAUUGACAACUCCUUAAGUGUUUCAUCAACUGACUUGACCAGGCUGAGCCAUAACGAGGGUGAAGCGCUCACCCUGACAUGCCGAGUCUCCAGCGACACCAUCCAGCAUACCCAUCUGUCCGUAGCCUGGUAUGUCCACAGGGAGAACCAGGACAACGCGCAGCUCAUCUUGUCCCUGGAUAGAGACUUCACGUUGAGGCCCGGUCAAGAGUUCCAAGGGCGCUACCAAGCCGGGUUCAUCAGGUUGGAUAAAGUCGGAGGGGCCACUUACAGGCUGACGAUGGAACAACUGGAAGUGUCGGACCGUGGCCGGGUCUACUGCCAGGCCCAAGAGUGGAUCCAGGAUCCUGACCUCUCCUGGUACUCGCUCGCACUGAAGACUGCGGGGGAGACAACACUGGAUGUCAAAGGAAGAGAGUUGGUCCCAGACAAGUCCUCUGUGGUGGUGGUGAGAUUGUCUGCACAGCAGUUGUCUCUGCAGGAGGGGCAGGAGCUCCUCCUGACCUGCAGUGUUGACACGCAGAACCUGGAGGAAAAGUUUUUCUCUGUAGCUUGGCACCGCGCAGGUGUGGAGAUGGCUCGAAUCGGUCCCACGGGGGUUCUGUCUGUGAGACCUGAGUACAGUUGGCGAGAGAAACAAGGAGAGCUCAGAGCCAGCAGGAUUGGGGACGGAGAUUACCGUCUCGUAUUGCAGCCCGUUAGCACUGACGACCAGGGAGAGUACAUGUGCAGAGUGUGGCCCCAAGAAAGAGGACAACGUGGCGCCUUUGUGCAAGGAGCUGCCCAAGACUCCAUCUCUCUGCAAGCUAGCAUCUCUGCUACAGAGAGUGACCUCAGCCUGACCUGCACUCCUGCCCUGAUAACAAACAUCAACAGUGACAUAACCAUAAAAUGCUCUGUUGCGUCAUCUCGCCCUGGAUUGUCCCGCUACGCCGUCACCUGGAUUCUCCAGAAACCGGCCCAAAAUGUCAUCAUUGCCAGCUCCGAUCGAGACGCCUCAGUAAAGUUUGGGCCCACGGUGAAUGUGGUCCACGGCCAACGGAUCAGCGUCCGACGUACUGAGGGUCCUAGUUUUGAGUUGACCAUUCGAGAUACUGAGACCUCAGACCAAGGUGCGUACGUCUGCGAGGUCGUGGAGUGGCUGCAAAAUUCUCGUGGCAAAUGGCACCGCCUCACCUCGGCCUACGGAAGCACGCAGCUGACACUCAGUAAACCUGUCAAUGAUCUGCGUUUGGAUACCACGGAGACAUGGCUCUCUGCAAGGGAAGGAGACGAAGUGCAGCUCAAGUGUGACCUGAUUACAGAAACCUCUGGUCCUCCUAUUUUCUACCAACUCACUUGGUUCUACACCGGGCGUGGUUCUCCGGCCGUGAACAACCAGCUACUCGAGCUUGAUCGCAGUGGCAUGCUGCGGUACCCUAGAAACGAGGGGCUUCACGGCCUGCAGAGGAGGCUGCGUCUCUCUAGACACAAGCCGAGCAGCUUUGGCCUCGAGAUUCAAAGGGUCCAUGAGCGGGAUAGUGGCACCUACCAUUGUCGGGUGGAGCAAUACCAGCUUGGACUUCACGGUCAAUGGCAGCAGAAGGCUUCAGUCGACGGUGUUCCAAUUAUGUUGUCUGUAAAUGUUACAGACAACAACUUGUCCAUCAUACAGAAAGAGUUGGAGUUUAAUGUGAGCACGGAGCAGAAUUUUACCAUCCCCUGUCAUGUCGGCUCCCGGUCCAGCCAGGAAUCCAAGUUCCAGGUCACCUGGUUUUGGCAGGAGGAGAGCCACAGCACACGCUAUCCUCUGUUUACAUCCUAUCGCAACUCCACCUUACACGAUAGGGCAGGGUGGGGUGAGAGACUCAGACGAAUAUUCGGCCAUGAUUCGCCCAACCAUUUUGCGCUCACCGUGUCAAAGCCGACCCUUGCAGAGAGUGGCCUUUAUUCCUGUGAGGUCCAAGAGUGGCUCCCUACUCUCUCCCACGGCUGGAGGAAGGUGGGGGUGGAAAAUUCAGGCUAUUCAACUGUCACCGUCUAUUCACAAGGCCAGAAUGAUCCUCUCUCUGGAUGUUAUUCCGGCAUGUUGAUCGGUGUUUUUGUGGCCAUUGUUCUGUGCUUCUAUCCUGACCUGAACACCAAUGCACCAGUCAGUUUCCAGUCUGACCAUAAUAAUCACAGAAUCAAACCUUUUAUGCCACAAGAUAGCCACGACCCCAGGAAUUCUCCCUCUGAUAAUGAAUGCCCUUAGAGAGAUCUGUAGUUGACUCUCCAGCACCGUGAAAGUCAUCAUGAACAGAAUUCAACCUCCCCAAAUCCUGUUUGGAGAGGAAUAUGUCUUGUAAACAUAGAAUGUCACAAUUUUGAAGAAGUUUAUCCACCACAACACGUCGAGCUCUGUCCCCUGCGCUGUUACUUGCGCGCAACCCCUGGCAGUUACUUGAGACAACAUGCAUUAGAGUUUCCUGAGGAUUCAGCCACAGCUUUGUUUCUCCCCACAGAAAUAUUGCUAGCAGAGGCUCUGUGCCCACGGGGAUUAAAAUACUUCCUAACAUACACUCCAGCUGGCCAGAUUAGGGGACUGUACAUGUCAGCUACUUCUUUACAGUCUGCAAGGCAUGAAAUUAGCUGAGUCUGCUGCCGUGCGAUUCUAUCUUCCUACAUGUCACAGACUUAUUGGCCAACUUCUCAGAUAGAUAAGUGCACAAAGUUUCACCAUGCACAUCCGGAGAGAAUUUAGUGCCAAUUAUACUCACUUGCUUAGUCGUGAUCACUGAUGUGGCUCUCUGUGCCGGUGCCAAUAAUUCCUGUAGGUCUAUUCCUCUGCUCGCGGCCUCUCGAGUGGGUACGGGUUGCAUCUUGGGUGUAACGUUAAUGUUCGGCUUUUUAAGUCCAUUGCUCACGACAACACUCCACGGCAGUGACUUGGCCGGUGUGUGGGGCUGAAUGCUCUCUGUAUCCGCCGCAGCCGGAAGGAGUAACGCCAUCUCUGCCUGCUGAGUAGGCCUCCACACCGUCACCUGUCACAUACCCCCUGCAGCAGUCCCGUGGCCACGGUCUGUGUAGCGCUACUCCAUGGCUGUCACUUGGCAAUUCACAGCCACAGUAGCUGCUGUUAGAUUCUCAUUUAUAUCCGACUGUGCUUCAAUGGUCCUCCGCAGCCCAGAAACUUCACUGCUCAAU